GGAGAAGAACCCGAGUGCAGUUUGUGGCAUUAACUUCUAGACAACCAGCUGCAGUUUUUUGAUAAUGUUGUGCCGUCUGUGUUUUUCUUAUGUCUUGCACAAUAGCAGUGGACGUGUCCCUCCGAAGAGGACAGGCAGUUUGCCGGGGUGGAACACAGCAACCGUGCUACAAAAUGGGUUAUUUUCAUGAUGCUUCACGCAGGGUCGGCUAUGAAGACGCACACCGUGCCUGCAGAGCUGAUGGCGGACAUCUAGUCAGUAUUGAAACAGAAGCAGAGCAAAGACUGAUUGAAAAAUUUAUUGAGAGUCUCUUAGCUUCUGAUGGAGAUUUUUGGAUAGGGCUUAGGAGGAAAAAGGAGGAGGUAGACAAUAGUACAGAGUGUCAGAACCUCUACUCUUGGUCAGAUGGCAGCUCAUCCAAGUUCCGGAACUGGUAUGUAGAUGAGCCGUCCUGUGGGAGUGAAAUCUGUGUGGUGAUGUACCACCAACCAUCUGCCCCGCCAGGUGUCGGAGGUCCUUACAUGUUUCAGUGGAACGAUGACAGAUGCAACAUGAAAAAUAACUUCAUUUGUAAAUACUCUCUCGAGAAGCCAACGAAUGCUCCAAUAGAGAAUUCUCAAAAAGAUGUUGUAACAGAGCCCUUGAACCCAGCGUUCCCAGAAGAAGGCCAUGAGAAGGAUGCCAAUGUCACAAUUAUAGAAGCCAAAGAACCUGUUCAGAGUUUUGCCUACAUCCUUAUUCCCAGCAUUCCUGUGCUGCUUCUCCUGGGGGUCGUUGCAGCCAUCUGCUGUUUCUGGCUUUUUGCAAGGAAGAGACGGAACCGAUUAGACACCAGCCCAAAGAAGGAGGAUGCGUGGCUGUCUAACCCCAGAAGGAACAGUCCAAAUCUGGAUAUUUACAAAGUAAUCAAGAAGCAAUCAGAAGCGGAUCUGGCUGGAACGAGGCCUGACGCGAAGCAUUCUUCCUUCCGUACACAGGACGAUAAGGUGCUUGACAGCCUCUCCAGGGAUUACGAGGAUGCAGCAAUGAACACAUCAACGAGUGGCUUUGUGACCUUGGCCAGUACUGAGAGCGGCUUUGUGACCAAUGAUAUCUAUGAGCUGUGUGGAGAUCGUGUGGGGAGGAGCAAGGAAUCGGCCUGGGUGGAGAAUGAGAUAUAUGGAUAUUGAGGAAAUGGAGCAAAAACCCCUGGAAAUACAGAUGACGAAGUCAACGUCAAUACAAGUUAACCUGUUCUCCCUAUGCACUUCUUUUCAUAAUAGUGAAUGUGGUGUUUAUCUUGGGUUUGCGUUGUCCCUAUAUUCUUCUCUCUUUUUUUGAAAGAAUAUGGGUUUUUAAAGAUCCAAACUGAAAAGAAUGUAUAUAUUUUGCUUUGCAUCAAGCUCCCUUUUUUUUUUUUUUUUUUUUUUUUUUUUUUUUUGUACUCCAGAGAUACGCCUUUGAAACUAAAGGACACUCCAAAAUCCCCAUUUAUUUAACUGACCUACUCGUCUUCAAAAGUAUUACAACUCAAAAGUCAAUCCCUGGUCACACUUGGGUUCUCACAGGUGUCCCCAAGACAGCUGCCAUGGCUGUGGGUUGGUCGUUGUUGCCACGGCAGCCCCUAUCCCAGCUGGGCUGCCCUCCCUCACCCCCUGCCUAUGACACUGACACCUCCCGAGAAGGAGAUCAGUGUGGUUUCUGCUUCUUUCCCUCCUUCCCUCCCGGUUCUUGCUGCCAAGGCAAUGUGUGUGAGUCACAGCACAUAGCUGUGUGUCACGCCAGGAGGUCGGGUUUUGAAGUGCUUUGGUGUCUCAAGGCUAAUUCUGUUCCCUCACUUAUCCUCUGGCAAAAGGAAUUGCAAAGCAAGGAACGAGGGACUUCUCUGCAUUGCCAAAGGAAGGGAACGGGGUACUCCAAAGCAUUCUGAUGGGUCUGGGAAACGAGAGCAGCCUGGUUAGCUGUCCAGAGAUGUGCUGAUUUGGCCUAAAUGACAAAUUAAUUACCAGUUCCUUUCAAUAGCCAGUUGUGGUUUUAUCCUAGAUCUUUUUCCUCCUUUGGCCUGUGACAUGUACUGAACUGCAUGAAGACUAACACCCCGAUGUUAAUCUUCAUAGAGACGGAAUUCAUGAAAAGGUAGGCGAAUGUAAAGAAUUGAAUUAAAACCAGCACUCUGACAGGUAAACUGAAGUAUCAUGCUAAUCACUUAUAAUGAAUUAUUUGUUGUCUCCACUUAUUCCAGUUAGGUAGAUUAAAUAAGUAAUAAGGCAAGGUACUGAGGGUAGUUUCUGGAAUGACAGUGGGAGGGAAUGACAUCUUACUUUACCGUAGUUUUUAAGGUGUUUUUGAAGCCAAUAUUAGAUGCCUACCAUUUGCCUGCACAUUUGGAGGAGUAGAAAUGAAUGGUAGCAGGGCAUAGCAGCUGCCGCACAGCUAAACAUAAAUUCAGGUGAAAUGAGACUUUUGCUGUUAGAUACGGGGAACAAGGAAGAAUAUGAAGCAACACCAUUUACCCCGGGGAAAAAAAAAAAAAAAAAAAAAAGUCUGUAGUUGACUGCUUGACUUCUAAGGAAAAGAGAUGAGACAAUCCUUCACACUAGGGUUGGUUGUUUUUUUUUUUUAGAUCGUUAUCUCUGUUUCCUCUGUUAUUUGCAGCACAUUUAAUAAAGGUGUUAAGGAGCUAGAAGAAAUCAAGAGUAUGCGUUUGCCAUGGAAGUGGUAUGAGGGAUCUGUCCAAAUUGCAGAAGCAACUUCAGGCUGGAGUUUCAUUCUCUCUAAGGGGUGUAAGGAGCCAGAGCAGACUAAUGACAUAUUCUAAGCGUUGCACUGAGUUUAAUUUCUCUUUAUUGAACAGAGACUGUAUUUUAGCCAACUGUACGUAAAUAAGAGAUUUCUGGUGUAGGAAGUUGAAAACAGCUGUGAUGAACCGUUCCAAGAUAAACUGAAUUUAACUUGGGCAUUGGUGUGUUUUAAGGCCUUUCAAAGCACACUUCAGGAGAUCACUUGUAUCACGAGAAUGAGGAAUAUAUAUCGGAAAAGAGAGAAGGGUGAAUGAAUCUUCACAGCACUGUCUUUUCUGCUUGGCAGAAUAACGUCAUUCAUCACUGGGAGUGCAGAAAUGCAGCUAAAUGAGGGGUUGGGUGCCUAGCACUUCCUUCAGCCUGUGCUUGCCCAGCUCUGGUUUGGUGAGGAGGUACCUAGAGUUACCCCCAGCACACUGAAAAGCACACCACUUCAAUCACAGCGUCAAGAAGGUACAGGAUGUGCCCGUCAGCGUGGAUUCUGAAGUAACUAAGUGUCUUUGAAUUUGAACUCAUCGCGUGGACAAGUUUUCAUCUUCCAUGCGUGAGGCAGAGGACGUGCCAGCAUCUUCCCGGCAAGCUUGUACUUUCCUACGCCGCCGUGUACUACGAAGAGCAUCCCUGUGUAUGUUUGCUGAGGAGAAACGCAGCAAAGGGGACCUGGGAUUACCUUGGUUUUUGCUAGGGCUUUCUGAUUAAUAUUUUGUUCCUGAGAGGUGAUCAGAUCCAUGUUUGUCUCUCAGUUACAAGGACUCAACGAUCUUCACAGGGGGUUGAGCUAAUUCCUGGGGCAAGGUCUUUGCACUGUUGCAUUUGUCAGUGCAGUGAAGUGGAACAGGAGUUUGGAUAAAAAUUGAGAAUCAUAUCGACUUGAAUAUGCUUCUAAAAUCCCAUGUGCUGCUGGGUAUGGGCUUGCUUUAGCUGAAUUCCACUGGAAAAGUUAGUUUACAGAAGUUGGAAGUGCUUGUAUUUACCAAAGCUUUUGGAAAGGACUAGGAAGGGAAUUGGGAUUUAUCAAAUAAGCCCAUGAUCUAGUCCCAUAAAAGACUACUCUCUGUGAAAUGUUUAAUACUGAGAUCUGCACAACUGAACAUACAUUUACAAAUAUAAAAUGCCCCCCGCUGACAUGAACAGGCACAAUCCAUCCCUGUGCUCCCCAGCUGCUUCCGUCUCCAGACGGACAACACAGCGUUGUUUUGCGCUUUCUGCUUUUUAAAGGUGUUUGUCCUUACCUGAACACAUCGGUGCUAAAUGGACGUGUGGAGUCCAGAGCCUAAGUUGUGCAGGCAGUGGUAGAUUCCGAGGCAAAGGCCAUGAAGUACUGAUAGCCGCAGGGUGGCCCCUGGAUUUUUUUCAGUACGGAAUUAGUCUUGAGUUUCUCUUGUGAAUUGAGUCCAGCUGUCAAUACCGAAGCCAUGAAUAUGCUUAGAGGUUUGCACUCAGAGCUGCACAGCUUCUUGCUAGGGAUCUCUGCAUGUUAGUAGCUGUGUUUAUGUAGAAAUCGCUGCAAAGUUCCACCCUUCAGAUCUGUCGGUCCUGUCUGAUCUGUCAGCUGUCUCAUACAUCGGUUUAUAUAUUCUCAAGGCAAGUAUAUUCAGCUUGGAGUAAAGCGGCACAUUUUCCUUUGUCUGCACUUACUCUGGUUUCAAUUAUUCCAGCGAUGGAGCCGUUCCUUAAAAAUGGAGUUUGAUUUGAUUUGUGUCCCAUUGAGCUGAGACCGAAGUGGGAGUUCUGCGUAGAGAACCAAGUAGGUUGGACACUGGCAAGCUGGACAUCUGCCCUGAGAAAAGCCAGUGUUCAGGACAUCGUCCCGCGUCUGGGGCCAUUUGGAUUCCGCUCUGUCUCGGUCUGAUCUUAACUACCGAGUGUCUCAGACCUCUGUGAAAACCAGAAAUAACAUUUCACAGGCUUCUAGGGAUGCCUUGAAUCUAAGAAUGAGUAACUCUGAAGUGAUUUUUGAGACUACAAUAAUUGGGCCUUGUAACUGAGAAAAUUUCAAUUUUAUCGUCCAGCAGAUCUGUGCAGCAAUUUUGAAGCAUGUCUCGACUAACUCAUUGUGUAUAAAAACUGAUUUGAUGAAAGAUAAUGGUUUGGUUGAGCAGUUCUGGUGCCUGGCCCUGUGUAUACCAAGUUUCUUACUCUGUCAGAUCAUGUUUGACCUUUUCACAAGACAAAUAAAAAUAGUA